AUGUUCGCAGUAUAUUUUCAUGGGCAGUAUAAAGGUUCUGAUGGUCUAAUAGACAAAUUUGACGAAAUGAGAAUCUUUACAGUUCGUUCAGACGAAAGUCUUGAGAAAACUCUAAAUGACUUUCAAACUCAAAUGAACAAAUAUUAUUGGGAAUUUCAAGAAAAAUACGACUCUUUACUAAAUGGAACAUACUAUCUGAAACUAGAAUAUGACAAGAUGAACUCCACCGUUUCAUUUCAAAAGAUUGAAAUUAACCCUCCAAGAGAUACAGAGUUUUUAUUUUGGAAAGUAGACAAACGUUCUUGGGCACAAUUUCUUCGGUUACUAAACCAGAACGAACCAUUACCACCAGAUGGUCCAUUUAAAUUUAUACUUCCACCAGCAGAUUUGACAGUUUAUAGAAACGUGUUUGACCCUCAAAAUGUUAUGUGCCAUGCAAGUUUCAGUUCAAGCAACAAUAGUUUUCUAUGUAUCGGUAAGGACUUUUAUGACUUUGCUUCUAAAUUCUACGAACCACCUAGUAACAGUUUCUCUGACUUUCAAGUUUGGUUCACAACAAAUGGUGUGCAACAUAUAAUACCAUUGUACUAUGACUUUUAUCUCGAAUUGUCUUUCAUAUACAACUACGGAAAAGUGCUGAAAAAGUGA